CGGGGGCAGAAGGCGGAAGCGCGGCCGCGCGGGCCGAGCAGGGACAUGGCCGCCGCCGCCGCCGCCGGGCCCGCCGCGCCGCGCACCAAGACCAAGCGGAAGCGCUUCGUGCCCCAGCGCGUCAAGGUGCCGCGGGCGGCGGACCCGCUGCUGGGCGUGUUGGGCUGGGGCGUCCAGCACCAGAUCAAUGAGCUCAGCCAGGUUCCCCUGCCGGUGAUGCUGCUACCCGACGACUUUAAAGCCAACUCUAAAAUCAAAGUGAACAAUCAUCUCUUCAACAGGGAGAACCUGCCCAGUCACUUCAAGUUCAAGGAGUACUGCCCACAGGUCUUCCGCAACCUCCGCGAGCGCUUCGGGAUUGAUGACCAGGACUACCAGGUCUCCCUGACGCGCAGCCCGCCCCACUACGAAGGAGAGGGGAGCGACCGGCGUUUCCUCAUCUCCUACGACCGGACACUGGUGAUCAAGGAGAUCUCCAGCGAAGACGUGGCCGACGUACACAGCCUCCUUUCGCACUACCACCAGUAUGUGGUGAAGUGUCACGGGAUCACCCUGCUGCCCCAGUUCCUGGGGAUGUACCGGCUCAGCGUGGACAGCGAGGAGACCUACAUGCUGAUCAUGAGGAAUGUGUUCAGCCACCGGCUUGCUGUGCACAGGAAGUACGACCUGAAGGGCUCCCUGGUGUCCCGAGAAGCCAGCGACAAGGAGAAGGUCAAGGAGCUGCCCACGCUGAAGGACAUGGACUUUCUGCACAUGAGCCAGAAGGUGUAUGUGGAUGAGGGGCAGAAGGGUGACUUCAUGGAGAAGCUGAAGAGGGAUGUGGAGUUCCUGGUCCAGCUGAAGAUCAUGGAUUACAGCCUGCUGCUGGGCAUCCAUGAUGUGCUCCGGGCCGAGCAGGAGGAGGAUGAGGAUCUGAAGGAGGAGGAAGAGGAGGGGGAAGACGUCAUGGCUGUGGGCUCCUACGGGACAUCCCCCGAGGGGAUCGGCGGCUACCUGAACUCCUACAAGCCGCUGGGCCCCGGGGAGUUCGACCCCUAUGUUGACGUGUACGCCAUCAAGAGCGCGGAAGGCGGUCCCCAGCCGGAGGUGUACUUCAUGGGCCUCAUCGACAUCCUCACGCAGUACGACGCCAAGAAGAAGGCCGCGCAUGCCGCCAAGACUGUCAAGCAUGGGGCCGGCGCGGAGAUCUCGACCGUCCACCCCGAGCAGUACGCCAAGCGCUUCCUGGACUUUGUCACCAACAUCUUCGCUUAGUCGUUACCUGCCCAGAGAGGCCCCCCUCUUUCCCCCCUGCCCCCAUCUCAUCUUGUCGGAGCUGAAGAUCAAAGGUGUCCCCUGCGCCCCAUCCCUUGGUCUUAGUGCCCCCCUCUGUUUGCUGGCCGAAGGGCUCAUCUGAGCUCAAGAGAAGCCCGGGGGCCGGGUGGGCUCGGUUGCAAACCAAGUGCCUUAACUUUAUCUGCCCUCACUCGCCCAGCCGGAGGGGUCUCGGGCAGGAGAGAGGGGAAUGGAUCCUCUGACUGGGGUGCGGGGGGGGCUGCUGGCUGAGGGGCCCUGUCAGCUCAGCCCAUCUCUAGGGCUGGGGUCUGCAACCAGCCCUGUCUAAAGGGCAGGGCCGCCCAGGCCCGGCAAUAUGCAAUAAGAGAUUCCACUCUUUGGUGCCUUAGAGGGGGCAGACAAGUUCCUCCCUAGCAACAGUGACCCCCCCCCCCCCCAGCCUUUCCCUGAGCCUGGAGUGGCAGCGGAUCCCCUCUCCUGCCUACCCCCAUGUGCACUCUGCACUGGUUUUUCCUGCCCCGCCCCCCCCAGAAGGGAGAUAGUUCUCUUGGCCUGUCCCAUGGUGUAAUUUAUUCCUAGGUGAAAUCUCCCAGCUGGGGUUGUGGGGGGAGUUGUUAACACUAGUUUGCAUUGGGGUCCCAGCCCCUCGCUCUGCAGCCUCUCCCCACACACUACGUCCCCUGGGGUCAUGGCUGCAGCUGGCUCCCCCGGCGCCUGCCCCCAGCCUCACCCGCACGAGGCCACGAGCCGCAUUGGGCGCCGAAGCUUGGGUUCGAGCCAGGGCCAGGUUCUGGGCCCCCAGUGCUCAUGUCUCUCUGAGCCGCGGGGGCCAGGACCUGCCCCUCAGCCCUGCGUGCUGGAGGAGAGCGACUGGGCGCGGAGCUCGCUGCCCCCAGCUGUGAGCGCUCUGAGUCCAUAUGCUGGGCUCCCGGGGCCGGCGGGCCCUCCCAGGAGA